UAUCUAGAGUUGCUUGAUGCUCUUCUUUGCUUUAGAUUCAUCACUCGUUCUUUCCUUCACUUUCUCUUUUCAUUUUUAACCUCAUCUCUCACACGUUCUUCUUCUCUAAUUUUCUCAGGAAACAAACAGGAAAAUUAGGGUUCUUCUGAAACUCAAUAACCUUUUAUGAUGAUGAUAAUGAUAAUAAUGAUGAGGGAGUGAGGUGGUGUGAGAACUAAAGCAAGGAGUCCAGGGUGAUAAUGGUGAUGAUGAUGUUAAUGGCAACACUGUAAAUUUGAGGCUGACAUUAUUUGAAGAAUGUGAAUCAGAAGAGAGGGAUUUGUUGUUAAAGGAGCCAGCUUGUUCUUCUAUGUAGAAAAGGUAUAUUUGGUAUUGGAUCAAAUUGAGAACCUUAUUAUUUACCAUUUGGGGUUAUUAGCUGCUGUUUUCCUCAAAUGGGUUGGCCCUCUUUUCAUUGAUAAGGUCGGUUCUUUUUCCCCUCCAAUUUCAUGCCUCUUGUUGGAUGUUUCUUUGAUACUUGCAAAUUAUAUUGCCUUGUUUAUCUUUCAUUAUUUACUUGCUUGUUGAAAAUUAUGAAAUAUUCAGAGGAAGUUCAAAAGGUGUAAAAAUGCACAUUUUUUUUAUAAUUUACCUCCAUCAGUUUAUGAUUAAAUAUAUAAAAAAGAAAAACUUUAAACCUAAUCGGAAAUAUUUUGUUGUUUUUUCUGCAUUAAUCAAGAAAAUAAUGACGUCAACUCUAAUCCAUGGCGGCUAAUGCAACUGAGACCGUAGUUUAAUCUGUGUUAGGGAGAGAUAGAUUUGUUAACAAGUUCCUUGCUAUGUCCACUGUUGAUUUGGCUCCUGCUUCAAGCUUUCAACUCGAUUAUAAAUGGACGUAAAUCAAGUCAACAAAAGCUUCCACCUGGUCCGCAGCGGAUGCCAAUAAUCGGCAAUCUCAUCGAUCUUGGGGAUAAACCCCACAGAUCCUUCACUAAGCUUGCUCAGAUUCAUGGCCCCGUUAUGAGUCUCAAACUUGGCAGCUUAAUCACCGUCGUCGUUUCAUCGGAAACAAUGGCCAAAGAAAUCCUGCAGAAACAGGAUAUUGUUUUCUCUAACCUAACCAUGAUCGAUGCUAUCCGAGCCUGUCAACACCAUGAAGUUUGGUUGACGUGGAUACCCGUCUCGCCGCUUUGGAGAACUCUUCGCAAAGUCUGUAAUACCCGUAUUUUCGCUAGUAUGAAAGUCGAUACCACUCUAUACCUGCGUCGGAACAAGAUUCAGGAACUGAUUGCUAAUGUUGGCGAAAGUUGCCCUAAAGGUGAAGCUAUCAACAUAGGGCAAGCCGCUUUUGAUACUACCAUCAAUUUGCUGUCCAACACUAUUUUUUGAGUGGAUUUGGUUGACCUAAAUUCAUCAAGUGCUCAAGAAUUCAGAAAAAUAGUUUGUGAUAUCAUGGUAGAGGCAGGGAAGCCUAAUUUGGCUGAUUAUUUCCCUUUGCUUAAGAAGAUUGGCCCAAAAGGUGUACGGCACCGGAUGACUGUUCAUUUCGACAAGUUGCUUAGCCUUUUCAGCAAUGUGUUCGAUGAAAGGCGGCAAUCAAGACAAUCCCAAGAUUAUACUGCAUCAAAUGAUGUUUUGGAUACUCUUCUCGACAUUAUUGAAGGCUGUAAUAAAACUAUUGUCACAAACUUGCUUUUGGUAAUUUUUUUUUCAUCUUCUUUUAGUUUUUCUCUUUAUAAACAAUCAUGUUAUAGUAUUUAUUUCCAUGUUUUAUGCGGAAGCGACAUAUUGGCAUUGUUAGAGAA